ACUGGUUUCAAUGCUCUUUGGGUACUUUGGUAAGAAAUACUACGUCUACUGAUCAAUGAGCCCUUUUCUUUUCUUCAUUUUUGUUCUAUAUCUUGAUUCUUCUUUAUGCUAAAGUUAUUAUUAUUAUUAUGUUAUUAGCAAGGGAUUUAUAUCAGCUAAAGUUGAUGGAUGCCUAUGCCCGUGAGGUUAUACGUUUGAUAUGUAAAGAGUCAUUUUCAAAAUUAGAUGAGAUCCAGUUUGGGCAAAGUACAGCAGUGAAGGCAAUCCUCCAGGCUAUCAAGUGCGGCAUCCCAGACAUUGUGACAGAAAUUACUUAUGCUAAUGUUAAUAUAUUACGGAGCAUCACAGAUCCUGAAGAUUCAUCAAGAAACAUAUUUGCUUGUGCUAUAGCACAUCAUCAAGAGGAGGUGGCACGCUUUCUUUAUCGGUUUGCAGAGAAGAAGACAAACGUGGUUGAGACAAACAUGGUUAUUGCCGUCGAUGAAGAUAAAAAUAAUAUAUUACAUCUAGCAGCAAAGUUAGCCCCUCCUUAUCAAUUAGAUUGCAUCUCUGGUUCAGCGUUGCAGUUGCAAAGUGAACUACGUUGGUUCAAGGGGGUAGAAGAAAUUGUUCCAAGAUCUUACCGCGAACACCGAAACAACAAUGGGGAAACUCCUCUGGAAGUGUUUGUUAGAGAACACAAGGAUUUGCUAAAAGGAGCAGAGGAAUGGGUGAAGAAAACAGCAGAAUCCUCUACAGUCGUUGGUGCUCUUAUUAUUACCAUUAUGUUUGCAGCGGCUUUUACUGUUCCUGGUGGCCAUGAGCAAAAUGCAAUUUCUCUUUUUGCUGCAUCAAGCUCAGUGAUAAUGUUUUUGGGGAUUCUCACUUCACGUUUUGCUUAUGAAGAUUUCCAUAAAUCCUUACCUAUUAGGUUGGUUAUGGGCCUUUCUUCACUCUUCAUAUCUAUUGCAACAAUGACGAUGGCAUUUUGUGCCGCUCUUGUCAUUAUGCUAGAAGGGCGAUUGUGGGUUGUCAUUCCCAUAACUCUGCUCGCCGGUAUUCCUGUCGCAUUCUUCGUCUUGUUGCAAUUUCCUCUUCUUGUUGAGAUUUAUGUUUCAACUUCUAGGCCAAACAUCUUUGAUGGGGAAGUAUCAUCCUGGAUGAGAAUAAUGAAAGAUAUGUUUGUGGGAUUGUGGGCAGUCGUACAGCGGUAGAAAUUCUUGCAAUGCAUAUGUGAUGGUGUGGAAGUAUAUAUUUUUCAGAUUGAAGUCCCCCUCGAAGGAAUUAUUGGACAAUUGUUUUAACGAUUUAGGGGCGGAGUGAGGCGGAUGUUGUUGUAUUAUUGGAACCGUUCAAGGUGUGGGGGAAUUGGGGCACCCGCACGGGCCGCCCAACCCCUUAAUUCUCGGAAAUUUUUAUUUUUAUUUUUAAAUUUAGUAUGUAUAUUAAUUUUUA